AUCAGCGCCGGUAGGUGGUCCUUCCGGAGCUAGAAAAUUCUGCAAGAGCGGGGUGGAGGUUUUUUUUAUAUAAUUCAACGAAGUCAAAAUGGAUUCUUGGUACUCCGGGUAUGGAACUGGUGAUUCUUGGAACACCGGAGCCACUAAUUCUCAAGAAUAUGAUGGCUAUGAUUACAGUUACACCCAGGAUACUAUACCCAGUUCUGCAACAAAUUAUGGCUACAAUUCCGGCAAUAAGUCUUGGGAGGUCCCUAAAAAUACAGCGACGGACACCAUCAUUGCCAAAAUUAACAAGCGUUUGGACAUGCUUUCUCAACUCGAGACGGAGAACCAGGUGCAAGACUCUUACCAGGACAACAGGUUUACACCUUACGAGUCCUACGACUCCGGGUCUUCACUGAAUGACCGUGAUCUGUACAGAUCUGGCUACGGUUACAGUGAAUAUGGGCCUGAUUAUAACGAUUCCUAUGGAGGUCGCUAUGACCACUACGACAGCUCCUACGGGACCCGCAGAGAUCAGUUCCAGAACAGAGCACGUGACCCAUAUGGCCCUGCUAACCAGUGGGGCCAGAACUGGUCUAGAGACCGGCCUCCAUAUAACAGACCCAAUCGGAACGACCCCUUCAUGUCACCUGCAAGUUCCGGGCGAAUGUCUGCACGCUGGAAUGAGCUGUCGAUGGGAGGCAGGGGCCCCAACGCCGCCACCGCCUCCUCCACCAGGAACCUCCCUUCGCUCUUCUCCCCAAACAUUAUCCCCAUGGACCUGUUCAGAGUUCAGGGAUCGGGAAGACCGUUAGGAGGUGCCAGACAGCGAAGGAGAGACAGGACUCGAACCAGAGGCAUGAAGAAAGUGACUGCAGGCUUUGGCAGGAAGAGAAAGCUUUCCACAGCCAGUACCGAUGAACCAGAGAACAAACAAGCAAAAUCCGAAGAUCCUAAUGGAUCUGAUCCAGGAGAAGAUGAUGGUGGUGAAUCUGGAGAUGCUGCUGGAGAUGCUGCUGGGGAUGGUGGUACUGGUGAAGGCAAAGAGGGUGAGGACAAGAAACCAAAACGCUUUCCAACAAUGCAAGAAAAGAAAAAGGCAAAUAAACCAAAGAAGAAUCGUGACCGUCUUGCAGAAAGGAUAAUGUAUGCCUGCUCAGUUUGUAAGUUCCGAACCUUUGAAGAUGAGGAUAUUUCUUCCCAUGUGGAUAGCAAGUUCCACAAGGAAACUUUCAAGUUCAUUGCGACCAGACUUGACAAGCAGACUGCGGACUUCUUGCAUGAGUAUAUCCUAAACAAGAUUCAGAAAACUCAGAAGCGCCGGGAGCAAAUUGGAGAUAAAACUAUCUUGAGAAAGCAGCUGAUGCAGCAGCAAGACUUACUGCAAGAUGUUGGUUUGGAACAUUUCAUGAAGAAAGUGGAGGCAGCACACUGUGUUGCCUGUGAUCUGUUUAUCCCCAUUCAGAAUGCUGUCCUUAUGCGACAUUUGAAAUCACCAGAUCACGGCUGGAACCGCAGAGCAAUGCUGGAGAAAGCCAAGAAGGGCAGCCUUGUCGUUGCUAGGAGUGUCUUGAAUAAUCGUAACAUAGCAGCAAUGCUAGAGAAGUACAAGAAGGGUGAGAACCCAUUCACUGAUGAUCCAGAUAAAGAUGAGGAGGAUGUUGCUGAUGCAGCUGCUGAGGGUGGUGAUGGUACAAAGGAUAGCUCUGUGGAUGUUGAGAACAAAGGAGAUACUGAAGAUACAGGAGACAACAUUGUCACUGAACUAAAGCAAGAAAUGAUCGAUCCAUCUGAAGAAAAUGCAGGGGAAGCAACAGAAGAAGAAACUGGGGAGGGGGAGGCAGAAGAAGAGGCUGGAGGGGAGGAAGAGGCUGGGGAAGAGGCAGAGGCAGCAGUGGAAGAAAGAGAGGAGGCUGAGGGUGAGGCAGGAACUGAGGUGUUCAUUGGGGAGACAGCUGAAGACAAGGAUCCAGAAUUGACAGCAGAAGAGGAAGAUGAGAUGCUGAAGGGAGAUGAAGAACAGUUGGAGUAAACUUGUAGUACAAUUUUCUGCAGAUAUGCAGAUGUAUAAUUCUAUCCCAUACCAGCUAUUGAGGUUUAUACUAGUUUAAAAAUUUAAUUGUUUUUAACUUGCCAGUAGAUUUGUGUUCACUUGCUGUAUUGCAGUUUCAUCCAAUAUGGCUAAAGCCAAGUCAAAUUUACUUCUACAUCUGAUGUGAAUUUUUUUUUAAAUAAACUUGGUUCCUGUAAUGUGAUUAAUGUGGUGUUCAAUUGAUCCCUACUAACUAAGGACUGGCAUGAAGUUUGUUUGCAGUAAUUGAAGUUUGUGACCUUAACUCAAGGUCUGGCAAUCUUUAUUCAAAGCUACACAAUCCAGAUUUGUUCCAGUUGUAAAACUAAGACACUGGGUUUAAAAAUCUCUCAUUUGGUUUGUGUACAGAUGAGGUGUAAAUAUGUAGCAGGAUUUGGGUGACUUAGAAUAUUUUGUUGUAAUAAUUUAGCGCUCUCUUGCAUGAAAUUGGUGAAUGGUGCUUUUGAGCAUGUUGCUUGUUUUAAAAGUUGAUUUUUGUAACUGCAAAUGCAAGUCCAGCAAUAUUUAGUGAAGCAGCUAUUGUGAAAAUCUAGAAAUGCUUCAGGGCAAUAAUACUGCAUUCCUGCAGGGUGUGGGCUGCCUCAAGGUUUCACAUUACAUUUAACAUACAACUGGCAGCCUAAUUAAUUUUUUUUUUAGCAUUUGCACCUCCACUGUUUUCAAACCAAAUGCAGAUCAGUUGGCAUGUGAUAAAGUACACUUCAGUAUUGAGUAACAAUUGAAAACAAGUAUGGCUUGGCUCAGUGGGAAUGCAGUGUGGUUUAGCUUUUGUAUGAGCUGCAGGAAGUUGUUUUCAUUUAUUUUUCCUGUACUGGGUUUAUUCCACCCUGCUUUUCUAUGCAGCAGCAACCUUUAUUUAGGCUAUUUAAAUGCAAUGUACUUUGACUCUACUUCAUUGUUUUCAAUUUUAUACACAACUGUAAAUCAGUUUGUAGUGGUGUUAAUUAAAACUUCCAAUGUAA